UUGCAUUAUGACAUUUCGUAUAUUUUUAGAGAGAAUGGUAUUGAAUGGUAUUCGUAUGCAAACUGCGAUAACUUUGAUUUAAUAGUUUGAUUUAGUGUGAUAAUUUGUGCUCGUGAAUUGUAACUAUGCCGAAGUUCUAUAAAAUAGAAAUCAACAAAACAGAAUGGGAAAUACCAGAGAGAUAUCAAAUGUUAACUCCAGUUGGUUCUGGGGCUUAUGGACAAGUUUGCUCUGCAGUUGAUACAGUACAUAAUGUAAAAGUGGCAAUCAAAAAAUUAGCUAGGCCUUUUCAAAGUGCUGUUCAUGCCAAAAGAACUUACAGAGAACUGCGUAUGUUGAAGCAUAUGAAUCAUGAGAAUGUCAUUGGUCUUCUAGAUGUAUUUCAUCCAUCUACCUCAUUAGAAAAUUUUCAACAUGUUUAUUUAGUCACCCAUCUCAUGGGUGCUGAUUUGAAUAAUAUUGUAAGAACGCAGAAGUUAUCAGAUGAUCAUGUGCAAUUUCUUGUUUAUCAAAUUUUGCGUGGCUUAAAGUAUAUACAUUCAGCAGGAAUAAUUCAUAGGGACUUGAAACCAUCAAAUAUUGCUGUUAAUGAAGAUUGUGAAUUGAAAAUUCUUGAUUUUGGGCUAGCACGACCUACUGAAAAUGAAAUGACUGGAUAUGUAGCCACAAGAUGGUAUAGAGCACCUGAAAUUAUGCUUAAUUGGAUGCAUUACAACCAAACUGUAGAUAUUUGGUCUGUUGGUUGUAUUAUGGCUGAACUAUUAACUGGUAGAACAUUGUUCCCAGGAACUGAUCAUAUUGAUCAUCUUACCAGAGUGUUGGUUUUGUGUGGAACGCCGGAUAAUGAAACAGUUGCAAAAAUAACCAGUGUUGAGGCUCGAAAUUACAUACAAUCACUGCCACCACUAAAGAAGCGCGAUUUUAAAGAGGUGUUUCGCGGUGCAAAUCCCUUGGCCGUGGAUCUCCUGGAGAAAAUGCUCGAAGUCGAUUCCGAUCGUCGCCUGACUGCCGAACAAGCUUUGGCGCACAAAUACCUCACGCAGUACGCGGACCCCUCGGAUGAACCUGUCUCAACGCCGUACGAUCAGAGUUUCGAGGACAUGGACUUACCAGUAGAGAAAUGGAAAGAAUAUGUCUAUGAGGAAGUCGUAAACUUCGUACCACAGCAACAGCCUACAGGACCUCAACCUUAGAGUCAUAAGAAAUGCCGUCCACUGUUAAUAUAUUAAAAUACAGCACAUUAAGAUAUAGAUAAACGGUAGCAGCCCCUUAGACUCUAUAAGUUAAUAAUAAAAAUUAUAUAUAUAUAUAUAUAUAUAUAUAUAU